AUGUUCCAACUUGAGGGCUUUGUCAAUUCUCAAUAUCCCCAACAUGUAUGCAAAUUAACCAAAGCACUCUAUGGACUUAAACAAGCUCCAAGAGCUUGGUUUGACAAGUUGAAGCAUGCUUUUCUAAUCAGUAGCUUAUUCAAGUCUAUUUACAAAAAAGAGGAUCAAGUGUUGUAUGUUCUAGUGUAUGUGGAUGACAUAUUUCUUACUAGAAGCAAUGCUGCAUUAGUGCAAGAAAUAAUUCACAAAUUGAACAAGCAAUUUGCUCUUAAGACUUUGGGAUCAUUGAAGUAUUUCCUUGGUUUUGAAGUCACUAGAACUGAAUCAGUACUUCAUAUGAAUCAAGAGAAAUAUGCUAAGGAUUUGCUUGUCAAAACAAGCAUGCUGGAUUCCAAACCAUUCUCUACACCUAUGGUUGUAGGAACUAAGUUAGUUGUUGAAGACAAUGAACUCUUUGACAAACCAGGUCUUUACAGAAGCACCAUUGGGGCUUUGCAAUAUUUAACCCUUACCAGACUCGACAUAGCAUACUUUGUAAAUAAGUUGAGCCAGUUUUUAAAAGCUCCUACUCAAUUGCAUUGGCAAGCUUGUAAAAGACUCUUGAGGUAUAUUAAAGGUACACUCACACAUGGGAUUCAAUUUCAUAAGGUUGACAAAUUCAAUCUAGAGUGUUACACUGAUGAUUGGGCUAGUAGUGUCCAGGAUAGAAGGUCUACCAGUGGCUGUUGUCUGAUCCUUGGUCCAAACUUGCUACAGUGGAGUUCUCACAAACAGAAAGUGGUGGCCUUGUCCUCUACUGAAGCAGAAUAUAGAGCUCUAGCUCAAGGGGCAACUGAAGUAGCCUGGUUUAGGAGUUUGUUUUCAUAA